AUGUGUGUGAAGAUAAUAAUAAGAGAUUUGGUACCAUCAACGCUAGAUACUAAACAAACGUUAGAAAUUAAACCAACGCUAGAUACUAAACCAACGCUAGAAAUUGAACCAACGUUUGACACUAAACCAACGGUAUUAGAAAUUGAACCAACGUUAGACACUAAAUCAACGUCGCUAGAAAUUGAGCCAACGUUGGACACUAAACCAACGUCGCUAGAAAUUGAACCAACGUUAGACACUAAACCAACGGUAUUAGAAAUUGAACCGACGUUAGGCACUAAACCAACGGUAUUAGAAAUUGAACCAACGUUGGACACUAAACCAACGUCGCUAGAAAUUGAACCGACGUUAGACACUAAACCAACGGUAUUAGAAAUUGAACCGACGUUAGGCACUAAAUCAACGUCGCUAGAAAUUGAACCAACGUUGGACACCAAACCAACGUUAGACACCAAACCAACGUUGGACACCAAACCAACAUCGCUAGAAAUUGAACCAACGUUGGACACUAAACCAACGUUAGACACCAAACCAACGUUGCUAGAAAUUAAACCAACGUUAGACAAUAAUAAUAAACAAACGUUAGAAAUUAAAUAA